AUGCUCGCACGCAACAGUGACAUCGAUGGAGUUGAAGCCUCUAUGCGGUCUAUCGAAGAGCGAUUCAAUCGCAAGCACAACUACCCGUGGGUUUUUCUUAACGAGGUGCCAUUUACGGAAGACUUCAUUGCUCGUGUGCGCGGGAUGACAAGUUCGAACGUCCAGUUUGGACUCAUUCCACCUGAGCAUUGGUACCAACCAAGCUGGAUCGAUGAAGAGCGCGCUAAGAAGGGCAGAGUCGAUCUACAAAACGUAAAAGCGGAUUGGCCUAUACCCUAUGCUGGUAGUGUACCCUAUAGGAAUAUGUGUCGUUUCAAUUCUGGGUUUUUCUUUAGACACGAGCUUUUGGAGCAAUACAAGUGGUAUUGGCGAGUCGAACCAGGUGUUAGCUUCUCUUGCAACAUGUAUUUCGACCCGUUUGUCUACAUGAUCGAAAACAAUAAGCGGUACUCCUUUACAAUUGCGUUGAAGGAGGUUGCGCCAACAGUUCCAAGCCUCUGGGAUUCUGUGAAAGAAUUCCGUAAGACAUACCCGGAAGUCGUUGCAAAGGACAAUGCAUUUCGAUUCAUCACAGAUAAUAAUGGCGAAUCAUAUAACUUGUGCCACUUUUGGUCGAACUUUGAAAUCGCGGAUCUCGACUUCUUCCGCUCGCCAGAGUAUCUUGCCUUCUUCGACUUCCUAGAUGAGACGGGUAAUUUCUACUACGAGCGCUGGGGAGAUGCUCCCAUACACAGUAUAGCCGCCGCCCUCUUCCUGCCACGCUCGCAGAUUCAUUUCUUCAACGAAAUUGGAUACGAGCAUCCGCCAUUCCAGCACUGUCCCAGGGGAGAACCACACCAUCUUGGAGAGUGUUCGUGUAAAUUUACAAACAACUAUGGUAUAGGAUCCUGCCUUCGAAGAUUUGAACGGCUUUUUCCGAAAGGAAAGGUUGGAUAG